CCCCCCCCCCUUCUCAACAUGAUCAUAGUCACUCCACUGGCACUGUGGACUUUCCUGCUCUCGUUGCUCAAGACGGCGUAUUCCAACUACUCUGCUGAUCAGUGUAACUGGAGAGGAAGUGGUUUGUCUCAAGAGCCGGGCAGUGUGGAGCAGAUUUCCUUACACUGCGCUGAGGGUGAUGUGGAAUGGCUGUAUCCAGUGGGUGCUCUGCGUCUCUUACUCUCUCCCCGUCUCCCCUCGGGGUCGGUGGGCUCGGUGGCUCGGGGGAACUCGGGUGGCCGUAUCACGGCCUGCAUCAAACCAGCCGAGACGUUCAGGGGAGCCCAAAUCUACCUGGAGAGGGAAGGCGAGCUGCAACUGCUGGUGGGAGAUCAACAGGAGAGGGAGAAGGAGGAAGAGGAGGAGAGGGAGAAGGAGCAAAAGAAGAGGAAGAGGAGAGGGCAGCCACGCCCGGCCAAGGUGCAUUGCUUCAGCCGCCAGGCUGGGGAGAAGGUGGCACUCUUUAUCCAAUCCACCAUCCACAGGGACAUCAGUCGCCGCAUCGCUGCCUUUAAGUAUGAACUGCGAGGUGACUGGGGUUCCGGAACACUGCUCCCUCAUCAGAUAGAAAGUGCCUGCAGACCAUGCAAUGACACAGAAAUCCUCAUGGCAGUCUGCACUAGUGACUUCGUGGUCCGAGGUCACAUCAGGACGGUGAGCCACAAUAAGGAACGGCAGGAGUCCGUGGUGGGCGUGAGCACCACCAAGAUAUACAGACAGAAGUACACCCUCUUUCACCCCGUAGGGAAGUACGGGAAGUCGUUCGGGGACAUCAGGACAUUCUUGAAGUGCGGGGUCAAGCAAGGGGCCGGGAGCUUCAUUUUUACCGGCCACGUGCACUUUGGAGAAGCCUGGCUUGGUUGUGCUCCCCGCUACAAAGACUUUAAAAGGAUUUACGAAGCUGCCAAAGACGCACACGAGAAUCCGUGCGAGAUCGAAUCGGAUUGAAGCUGCUUUCUUUGGGUGGGGAGGUUGGUGGGAGGUUUUGGGGGGGGAGUGGGGGGAAUAAAAGAGUUCACCGCUGCAUUUUAUUUUAAUAGGCAGGAAAGGACCGUUGAACUGUUAAAACAUAUGCCGCUACCCCGCCGAGGUACAUUGUCAAUGGCUUCUGCGGCGGAGCCGGUGAAGAAGAGAAAGGGGGACUUUCAUGGAUUGAUUCAAUGUCCUGUUAAAAGAACAAGCCCGAUUGUUGCUGAUAAGCUUUGCUGUGUGUGCAGGGGGCGGAGAGGGAAAACCACAGCAUUGAUUUACCGUCCAACGUGAACGAUCGCUGUUUUUCCGACUUUCAGGCAACUUCAUACGUGAAGCAACCCGGAGAAAAGGAUUGGGCAGAACAUGGGGUGAGGGGAGGAGGUUGGGAAUGAUUUAUUGUUCGAUGUGAAUAAUUACUAGCGUGCACUCAACUUCACUUUGUGAAGGACUCUUGGUAUAUUUUCCGUAUGCAAAAUAUUUUAUGUGUGUAAAAAAGAAAAUGGUGGGAUAGUGUCUUGUGAGAUAUAAUUUACGUGGAAGUUGAAUUGCGCAUCCACAGAGCGAAAAAAAAAUUAGUUUGAAAAGAAAAGAAAGUGAUCAUGGGAUGAACUCAGCGGCCUCUUAGGACAUUCCAUGGGUAACUUAAGGGGUACAGGCUGCGUCAGAUACUUAGGUGAAAUGUUACUGCACGUCUUUCUGUGACAACUCUUCAGUUCGUACCACUGAGGCGUGUUUCGAGACCAGUUCAGUUCCCUCGUUUUUGUAAGAAACCGUUUACUUUGUAUAUUUUUGUGCUAUUUAUAAUUUUAUUUGGUUGCAGCUUUCUCGAAGAAGGAGCCCGUACCCGUACAGUCUAUCUAAGGUUUUUUUUUAAAAAAAGUCAGUGCUGGCAAUUGAUAAAAUGCGUUUGCUCAAAUACAGGUGGAGAGGG